UUCUGGACCUAGAAGAGGGCCACCCAUGGAGAAGAUGACUCUGUCUGCCUUGGUGACGCUGCUACUUAUUUUUGGUGCAGUCAUCACAGAGGGCCAUCUCUUCAAUCUCCAGAAGAUGAUCAAGCAAGUCACUGGGGAAAGGGCCAUUCCAAAUUAUUUCGCCUACGGAUGCUACUGCGGGUGGGGAGGCAAAGGAAAACCACUGGAUGACACUGACUGGUGCUGCCGUAAACAUGACUGCUGCUACGAUCAAAUAGUGAGGCAGAGGUGCCGUCCCAAAACUUCAAAAUAUUCCUACACCUACCAGUCUGGAAAUGUGAAGUGUGGCCAUGGAACAUCAUGUCAACAGCAGAUCUGUGAAUGUGACAGAGAUCUUGUGCUGUGCUUGAAAAAACACUUGGGGAGCUACAGAAAAGACUUUCGCUUUCAUUGGAAUAUUGACUGCAGAGGUUCCACCCCUGGGUGCUAGUCAGUCCUGUUUGUGGAAACCGCCUCCAAAAGGAAGACUCUUGGAAUGGGAAGGAUAUGAGGACAAAACCAUCCACUUCCUUUAAAACAUUAAAUGUCAAAUUAAUUGAGUUACCUGAACAAACAGAAGGAGUUUGCUUCUUAAAGCCAACUGACUCUCUUUUGAUUUACAUUCUGAAAUAAAAGCAACUGAGAUAUACCUUUGGAGCGCAUUUGUGUAAUCCUUGAGAUGCCACUGAAUAAAGAAAUGAUGGAGAAAAAUGAGUCUCAGUUUAGGGAGGAAACACACACAAUAAACCGGACAAAAUGUCAUCUCAACCCUUGAUUGGAUUCUGGAGAAAACUCCAUAGAACACCCUGCUCUCUACAUGUGAACAACUGAAAUGUGAUUUGAAAUUGCUAAAAAUCUAUUAGUUAAUCAACUGGAUUAAUAAACUUAA